AUGGAUUCCGUUGCUCGCAGACCAGACUUGAAACGCAAGCUUGUCGUCGUGGGCGACGGUGGUUGCGGCAAAACUUGUCUCCUCAUUGUUUAUGCAGAAAACCGGUUUCCAGAGGCCUAUAUACCUACCGUCUUCGAAAACUACAUAACUCAGGUCAAAUACGAAGGCAAAGAAAUUGAGCUGGCUCUUUGGGAUACAGCAGGACAGGAAGAGUACGACAGACUGCGGCCGCUCAGUUAUACCGAGUCACACAUCAUCCUCAUCGUGUUCUCCAUCGAUUUUCCAACUAGUCUUGCGAACGUGCAGGAUAAGUGGUAUCCUGAAGUGGCCCACUUCUGCGAAGGCACACCAUUAAUUCUCGUUGGUACCAAAACCGAUCUGAGACGCGAUGAACAAACUCGGCGGAUGCUGGGUGCCCAGGGUCAAGUUCCUGUUACUUCUGAACAAGGAGCCGCCGUUGCGCGUGAAAUUGGGGCAAAGUAUGUUGAAUGUUCAGCCAAGACGGGUGCUGGCGUGCAAGAGGUCUUCAACCUGGCGUUGAAGGAGAGCCUGAAGGGAAAAUGGGGCAAGAUCGUGAAGCAGCGGAGAUGCGUUGUCAUAUGAAUGAUUUGGGUCCUCGGAACGUCGGACGAUUCACAACCUCUCAAUUUCUUCGUUUCCGUCUCACUGCAACUUUCGCUUGGUUGACUAUGACUUUUCGUGCACAAUAGCCGGGACUAUUACCGUGACCUACGAUACUGAUACUGAUAUGUUAUGCAUUCCUUCCCUCUCGCAACACACAUUUAUUUAUCUUCACCUGUUGUACUACGCAUGCUAGGGUAAACCGUCCGUACUAAAUAGACUCACCAGCAUCGCA